AACUGUACUAAAACAAUACUUUAAUUUGUACGAUUUUAAUGCAUCGAGAGAACGAUUCAUGAUUGCGAGUUUCAAACUUGAUUGAUUUUAAUCAGACGAGAACGCGGCUAUUAUAUGCUUUUUUUACUCGUUAUGUUAUAACGCGUUUGGAUUUAUAAUUUGACUUUUCCUCUUAUUUUUAUAUCAAAAUUAAUAAAUUCUGAAAAUAAUGGUUGAGUCUCAAGUCGUGCAAGCAAGAGAAUAAUAAUUGUCGAUGGAUAAUCGUCUGAGGAAUUUUAUUGUCGUCUUUCUCAGUGCUUCGUUGCGCGAUGCGAAUGGCCUCGGUAACAUGGCUGCUGACCACCGAAUAUAAGAGCACGGUUCAUAUACGUGGGAAGGGAACUUGUGUGUGUGUGUGUGUGUUCUAAUCUAAAUUUGCCCAGCGUUGAUACUAUAUUUUGCUUGCGUAAUUAUACUUCAUUCAAGAUCCACUAGGAUUUUCCUCGAGUCGUGAGAAAACAAGGUGCAGGUCUAAAAUGAGUACAAAACGAAGCAAAUCGCUUUCCCCUGAGCCAUCCGGAAGCAAAGAAUACAAAAGAACAAAGGUAGAGAAAGACGAAGAAGAUUGCAAUGUCAAUUCCGGAUCAUCGAAGGGUAAUCUUCUUGACUUUUCGGAUGAUGUCCUCCUUCAUAUUAUGGAAUAUCUCUAUCCACAAGACUUGAUGGCGCUGAGUCUGUGCUGCAAAAGGCUUGACAGAGUCUGUCAUGACCGAACAUUAUGGAGAAUCAUAGAUUGUCGUCACGCAACAUUGGCUACGCAAGAUUUAGACAAAUAUAUCAAGUUCCUUCAACAUUCAACAACGCAAAUUGCGGUACGAGGCGAUCUCGAAACAAAAACAGAGUUUGGCCUAGAUUUUCUUAAAAAAGUUAACAAAGUUUGCUCGAAUCUCAAAGAAUUGAUCAUCGAGGAUUGCAGGAUCAAUACUCAAGAGAUACAAAUAUGCAGUUUUCCAGAAAGGAUCGAGAAAUUCUCGUUGAAAGGAUGCGAUCUUUACAAUAUCACGUCGAAUAGGACCUACCUCUUUAAAAUAAAUAUUCACAUGGAAAGUCUUACUUGUUUAAUUCUGAGUCGCUGUGCAUGGGUGACGUCACAUUCGCUGUUGGUACUUAGUAAAAUUCCGAAUCUCAAAGAACUCAGGUUGGACUCUUGUGAAGGUCUUUCAGAGUGCGUCGCUUACGCGAGUUUGGCUACAAGAUUUGGCUUCAGAACUCUCGAGAUAUUAGAUUUACGAGACACCUUAUUAGGGGACAGCGAGAUUUGUUGCUUUAGUAGUACAGUAACCCUGACUCAUAUCUACCUUGAAUGUCCUUCAAAAUUGAUACGCCGGCGGAUACGCCGUCAUAAUCGCAUUCACGAAGGGGAUCAUAAUAAUUUCGAUGGUGAACCAGUUUAUGAAGACCCCAAUCUUGUACAGUAUGUAGUAGAAGAUGAAUUGCAAUUUGACGACUUGGAACGUUGUCUAAUAUCUGACAGAGCGGUCUGCGCCCUUGGACCAAGUUCAGGUAACCGACGUGUCAUAUUCCAUCCUGUGAGGGAUGCUGUCGAAUAUCAGCAGGAUGGUUUGUUCGAGGAGGCUGGAUGGAUCUCCAUGCAUCCAAACCUCAAAACCCUUGUUGUGAGGAAUUAUUCACGAGUGACAAAUCAAAGUCUCGUAUAUUUGGCUGUGAACGCGAAUAGCCUCGAACUUUUGGACGUGACUGGGACCGCGGUGACGAAGGAAGGAAUUUUGACUUUCAAAAAUGCAAGGCCUAACGUCACCAUUAUAUCCUCGUUCAACGAGGAGUGAUAAUUUUAAAAAAUACGCUAAUAAAAAUGCAAACAAAUAUUAAACCUCCGGAACAAACUGCAAUGUAAGGAGAUUCGAUGAAACUUUGUUAAUUUUUAUGCAGACGAUGUACAACCUUAAAAUCAUUCUCGAGGAGCCCAAGAAAUUGCGAGCCAUUUAGGGUUGAAUAUCGUGAAUGAUUGACGGUAUUUAAGUCGUUGCGAGAAGACUCGUUAAUUUUUUUCUUUUUUUAUAAUUUUAUAUAUGUUUUUUUUUAUCAGUUGAGUGCAAAAUAUUCCGUCGCCAUUUAUUUCGAUGGCGAAAUCGAGUUGUUAAUAUAAUUAAAAUCUCUCGGAUUUUAUAUAAAUGUUCUAUGAGUAAUGCUCUAAUUUAUGCUUUGACAACGAAAAAUUUAGCACAUAGUGUACGUGAGACUUUAGUAUAAAUUUUUACGAAAAAAAUUGUGUCGAUUCACAUAAUCAUGAAAAGUUCAUUUUUUCUUUCGUCCUUCGAGAUAAUAUUCCAAGCGUACGAACUUUAGUCUUAGAUUUUUUCUGUUCGAAUUCUGAUUGCGUUCUUCCGGGCUCUGUCAUGCUUGAGACUACUCCCAAGGUUGAGUCACUGAUAUACGACGAAUUUUGACACUAAUUGUAUUAUUAUUGCUAUUAAUUUAACUUCGUGAUACGCUAUUCAAUGUUUCAAAUGUAUAAGGAAUUGUAUUGCAAAGAAACGAGACUGUCGAUGAUAA